UUGUUCAUUACAAUUUUUAGAAAGGAUCAUCCUCCUCAUAUUCCAACUGGCCCAGCAGGUUUUGAGGUCUUCACGUUUUAUCCUACUAUUGAAGAGUUCAAGGAUUUUAAGGGAUACAUACAGAAGAUUGAAGAUGUUGGUGCUCAUCGCAGAUCCGGGAUUUGCAAGGUUUGUUCUUAUCAGGAUCUUUCAAGCGCUUUAGUGAGUAGGAUUCUUCCAAAACGUGAUGAGUGGCAGUUAACCCUGAUAGGUUAUGUGAUUCGCGUCUCAAAGUAUUUGAAGGUGGUAGCGCCUGAAGGGUGGACUGCACGACCUUCGAAAAUCCACUUCGACUACACAGAUGACCAGCGACAUAAUGAUGCAAUCCUGAAAACCAAUCACGUCUAUAAAAAGUCUAUGACUGGAGCAGAAUUCCGGAAACUAGCAGAAAGCUCGAAACAUCGGAAUCCGAGAGCUAAUCUGCGAGGAAGGGAUAUUGAAUUGUAUUACUUUGAAAAUAUGUCGACUCGUCAUCCAAUUUAUGGCGCUGACACUGAGGGAUCUUUCUAUGAUGAGGAUGUGGUAGAGUUUAACAUGAAGCAACUGGGAACGAUCCUAGACGACACGAAGAAUGUCACUGGUGGAAAGGCAUUCAUAAGGCAUAAGAACUUCAUCGUUCUUCCAUCCCUGCUCGAUUUACAUAAAAUUCCUUAUGGAACCAUGAUACAAUAUCCUAACGAGUUCAUCAUAACAUUCCCUCAUGGAUACCACAUGGGCUUUAAUCUUGGUUACAAUAUUGCCGAGAGUACAAAUUUUGCCACGGAUCGUUGGAUUGAUUUCGGAAAGAACGCUACGCUAUGUAAAUGUCGUUCGGAUAUGGUUGAAAUCGACAUGACGCCUUUGCAUAUCACAACAUCGUCGAUCGACGUACCACAGAGGUCAGCACGAUUAGCAUUCGGUCUAUGUUUCGCUAAAGAUGAACGUCGGUUACCAAUCGUUGAUUUAUCCGAAGACGUUCUUGUUACGUGCUCAAAUUGCUGCGUGUCGGUUCACCCAUCGUGUUAUGGUGGAGGUUCUAGCAUAUCAGUGAUGGAGAGCUGGAGGUGUUUUCGAUGCAGAGGUCGAAACGAAAUUGCUAUCCGUGGUACAUCGUGCCAUCUUUGUGAACUCAGAGGUGGAGCGCUAGUGCCAUGUCGGGCAGGUGCUGACAUUUGCGCUUAUGUCCACACUGCUUGCGCUAUCUUCAACCGGCGAACAGUCUUCAACGAUGCUACCAAUCCAUCGUGCUGCUACACUCAUCCUCCUCCGAAGCAAACAUCUAUUGAUGGGAUCUUGUACGUUAAAGUACGUUGGAAUGAUGGUCAAGUGUAUGAUGGUUACUACCGCUUCUUGUCGAAGACAAUCGAAUAUACUGUAGUGUUUGCGGAUGGAUAUUCAUAUCGUUUACCCAGGGCAGAUCUUUAUGGUGCAGAUGAUGUUGUACCACAAGAAGUGCGAAAACGAUUACGUAAAGGAGUUUAG